UCUCUCUCUCUCUCUCUCUCUCUCUCUCUCCAUCAUUGAAGCUAAGAGCCUCUAUGAUGUUGAAUUUGACAGGCAAAUGAGGUACACAGCUUAGUAAGAAAUUCAAGAGAGCAUCAUAUAUACUUUAGCAAGAGGUUCAAAUUGCACUGUUGCAUCCUGUUGCUCUCUCCUACUUCUGCUUCUUGCUCAUAAGUUUUGGACAUCCAAGAACUAAAUCUGAUCUUAGCUUCUACAACCUCAAUUUUCAGUCUGAUUUGAAUCUUUGGAGCUGAAUGAUCGCAGUAGUUCUUUCCAUAUCCACAAAAAAGGAGCGAUUGAAAGAAUGGCGAGUUUACUAUAAUCAGAAAUAUUACAAUGAUAACAAAUUCAAGGGACAAGGGUUUCCAAGCGAAGCAAGAGGGCCACAACAACAAUGAUGGGAACAACAAUAGCAGUUUUAAUAAGGCAUCAUCAUCAAGUACUACUACUUCAAGGCAAUGGUCUGGAUUUAGUAAUCCGAGGAUCGUGCGAGUUUCACGUGCUUUCGGUGGGAAAGAUAGGCACAGCAAGGUUUCCACAGUGAGGGGAUUGAGGGACAGGAGAAUUAGGCUUUCAGUACCAACGGCCAUUCAAUUGUAUGAUCUUCAAGAUAGGCUUCGUCUUAGCCAACCUAGCAAGGUAAUAGACUGGCUGCUUGGUGUUACGGAACAAGAUAUCGAUAAGCUCCCUCCACUUCAAGUUCCUCAUGGAUUUGGUCAUCAUCAGCCAAUGCUAAAUCCUCAUCAAGCUAAUAAUUCUCUUAUUGCUCCUUUCUUUGAUGUAAAUUCUACAUUUAUGGAGGCAGACCAAGUUGAUGAAGAAGUUCGUGAUCAAGCGAAAGGCAAGUCGAUCAAGACAAACGAUGAACAAGAUGAUCAAAAUCGUCACGACCACGAAGGAAACGUUAGUGGACAACACCUAGCUCAAAAGCUAUUUCCCAUAGGUAAUCAUCCUUCUUCCAUACCUGGCUUGCUAAACAAUGCAAUGGCAUUCAACUACUAUCACAACUAUUCGGAGCCUUCAACGCUAUCUCUAGCGCAGUUUGGCAGCCAUGGAUUUCCACAAGUACCACAAACAGAUCAGCAUCGUAGUCAUAUGAUGAGUACUAAUGCCUUAUCAUUUUCAACUCCAAUGGCAUCUGGUUCUCAAUUAUUCUUCUGUCCACCUACAGCAACACCGACGCUAUUCGGUUCAUAUCCUCCAUAUAUGACCAAUCCAAUAGUGGAGGGUACUAGUACUGCUACUGAUCAGCCUAGACAAGCCAGCCAUUUCCAAUUUUUGAGCUCGUCAAGUAAUUCACAAAAUUUCCUAGCUAACAAUGCUCUCAUGCCUUAUCUUCAUUCAAUUAGCUCAUCCUUGAAAUGCUUUCCAUCAUUGGUUGAUCCCAAGCAGCAGCUCCAUUUGGAUUCACAAAAUAACAAUGCAAGCCAACCAAACAAGGACGUUCCAUAACUUAUUAGCCUUAUUGCAAGUAAGAUCGUAUACCUUAGUUGUUGGUGUCAUGAUCUUGUAACAUCGAUCUCUAUACAUCGUGCAUAUUGAUUUGCGCUACAGAUGGGGGAUGGAAACUGAUGAACCGUGAAAUGUAUUCGGGUUGACUCGAGGAGCUAAGAGUUGAUUCUUCAGCAAAAGAUAUAUAGCUACAAGAAUUACUAGUGAAAAACUAUGUAAGUAUGACAAUGUUAUAUCUAGACAUUUGCAAACUAGUGAUCCAUUUGAGUUCUUACAAUCUUGUAUACUAUAUAUACUUUAGCCGAUACACAUUAAUCCAUCGAUAUAUACAUCUCAAUUAA